UCAUCAAGUCCUUACGAGAUUGCCCCAAUGGGUCCAGCUGUGGGAAUGAUGGGUGGAGGUUUGAGCACUUGAAAGUGUUAUUGGAGUCAGAUCUAACCUGGACUUCUCUCUACAAUAUUUGCAACAUCAUCCUUGGCGGUCAUGUACCUGAUCCGAUAAUGAAGGCAUUAGCAGGAGCUAAAUUGAUUGCUCUCAAGAAAAACGAAGUAGACGUACGUCCUAUUGCAAUUGGCAACUGUAUUCGACGACUGGUGGCCAGAGCAGUGUGCUCUCAUUUGAAGAAGGAGAUGGCAGACUACCUUGCACCUCAUCAAUAUGGAGUGUCAACACCUGGAGGAGCUGAGGUUAUGUCUCACCUGAUUCAAUUGUGCUCACAACAAGAUGAAAACUCUGUCAUUUUGAAAGUUGAUGCAAAGAAUGCUUUCAACACCAUUAGUCGUGACAUCAUUCUGGAAGAGGUGGCAGUCCAUUUUCCACAAAUCUAUCCAUUUGUGGCAAAAUGCUAUGUCAACUCCACCCCACUGGUAGUGUCACUAAACGGCCAAGAUACUACUAUUCAAUCGGUGGAGGGUGUGCAGCAGGGUGACCCCCUUGGACCAUUUCUCUUCAGUCUUGCUCUGCACUCUGUCAUCUCGAAACUCUGCGUCAGGCACCCAACGGUUUUAAUUCCUUGUUACCUUGAUGAUGCCACAAUCAUUGGGCCCAAGCAAGAUGUCAUCUCUGCCUACCUUGAGAUGAAAGACCGACUAGUCAACAUCGGAUUAGAUUUGAGAGAAGAUAAAUGUGAGGCUUACAGUCCUUCAGGAAUAGCUGAUUGGGUUUUGUCCAUACCCAUAAGAGACGAAGGAUUGGAAAUACUGGGCACUCCAAUAGGAUCGGAUUCCUUUGUUAGGGAAAAGUGCAUAGAGACAGUAAAGUGUGAAAGAGACUUUCUAGCAAAGUUGCCUCUCUUGGAUGACAUGCAGUCUGGAUUACUACUUUUACGGUAUUGUGCAGUUCCCAAGAUUACUCAUCUUCUUCGAACUGUUCCACAUUCGUUGAUAGCUGAAGCUGCAGAACUGCAUGAUACCAUGAUAGUCAAGGCUUUCGAGAACAUCAUAGGAUGUGGUGCUCUCAAUGCUCUGGAAUGCUCACAACUUCGACUUGACAUUCAACAAGGAGGUUUUGGUCUUCGGUCUGCAAAGCAUUCUGCGUUUGAGGCUUUUCUUGGAGGUUGGUCCAACACUCUAGGUCAUCUCCCUCAUCGUGAUGGUCGUCUGAGUAGUUUGUGUGAUGGCCUCCUAAGAGAUCACGACAAAGAUCAGCCUCUAGUUCUCAGUGAAUUGACAAGUGCCCUGGCAAAUCUUCACCAGCAGUUCGACGAUACUCGAAAAGUGUUAUCAUGUAUAUCAAAACUUCCAGAUGCUCCAAAGAAACUUCAAGGAAAACUUCACCAAGCCAAGAAAGCUGUUGAGUUCACCCAGGUUUUACAACAAUGCACCAAUAGUUGUGAGCAAGCCCGAAUACAAGGUUGUGGUGGUCCAAAUUCUGGGGCUUGGCUGGAUGCGAUUCCGAGUACGCAUCAUUUUAUUCUCGGCAAUGACAACUUUGUCAACGCUGUUUGUCUGCGACUCGGUAAAGCCAUCCCGUGCUUGCAUUCUUUGGACCAGUGUGUUGCUCAGUGUGGUCAGCCCAUAGACAUUGAAGGAUACCAUGCCAUGACCUGUAAGUGGGGUGGAGGCCCAAUCAAACGACAUGACAGUGUACUCGACUGCUUUUACGACAUGUCCAAAUCUCUUGGAUUCCAUUGUCGCAAAGAGUUGACAGCGCAAUUCGAGAAUAAGCAACGUCCUGACAUCGCCAUAUACAAUUAUAAAGAUGGAAAAAAGCUUCUCUUAGAUGUAACCAUCACCCAUCCCUUGGCGAAGCGGUCAAUCAGUGCCAGUUGUAGCAAACCUGGUUUUGCAGCAGCCGAGAAGGAGAGAGAGAAAGAUAGCAAGUACCUUGUCAAGUCAACAAAUCUUGGGUAUUUGUUUCGUCCCAUUGCCCUAGAGGUAUACGGCCGUUGGGGAAACACAGCGGAGACGACACUAGAAGAACUAUCAAAGAAGUCCCCUCAAUCUACAGGCUUAAAUCCCAGCGAAUUCAAGCUACAUUGGAGAAGGAGAAUAGCGAUCAAUCUUCAAAGGGCCAACUCAUCAAUCAUCCAAAACAAGGUGUCUGCCAUCGUUGGAAAGUGUAUCGGAAAUCCUGAUGCUGCUUUUACGAUGUCAGCAAGAUACUUUGGUGGUGACUUUACGUAGUUAGCUGUGAGUUUGUGUAGGUGUGUUGUAGUGUUUAGUUUGUAUUAGUGAUAGUGAUGUUCAAGUUAUUUGUCUAUUUAGUUAGAUAUACAAGUUUUCUUGCGAGUGACUGUCAGAUAAAGUGUGUUUACCAGUGAAAUUGAAUAAAGUGAGUGAGUGAGAGAGUGAGUGAGUGAGUGAGUGAGUGAGAGUGAGUGA